AUGAUAACAAUAGCAAACCCAUUUGGAAUAAGGUGCGUUCUGCGUAUUCCCAAUAAAAUCCCCAUUUGGCUUUCCGUGCUGCGAUUGGCUCUGGCAAUUGCACUCCCCUUGAUGGCGCUCUUCUCGAUUCUGUUUCUGGUAGGGUUGUUGUUGGUGGUUUUCGACAAUUUUUCAAUCUCUAGGCCCAUUUCUCUCCCAUCACAGUGCAAAAUUGUCUCCAAAGUUCUGGUGGAGUAUAAAGAUAACUUUUCAGGUCAGAUACAAGUUGCAUUUGCCGAGGCUCCAAAUGAGGCCCUUCCUCUUUAUUGCAGGCCUAAUUUUGGUGCUGCAUGGUUGGCACAAUACAAAUUUAAGGUCAACGAAACUUAUGAUUGUUGGUACACAUCUGGUGUAUCUAAAGUGCGUUUUGAUCAAGAUAACCUUUUCAGUUGCCAGGCAGAUGGGCAGUCUGCUCUUGAGAAGAUUAAACUAUAUUCUAAUAUGUGA